CUUCAGCUUGUCUUCGUAGAAAGAUGUGUCACAUCCUUGACGAAGACUUGGGGAGUCAAUAUGUACCAUUAAGGAUAAUUAACAGUAAUUAAUUAAUUGUGAACCAAUUUUAAUUUAUAUAGUUUUCACAAUUGGAUAUUGCUAGUUCUUUCGAAAAAAUUAACGGACCAAAGAAUGAAUAUCAGCGAUAGUAUCUCAAAGGUCUUAUGUUGCGUCAGUAUUUGUGUUAUGAUAAUGACAGAUGUUCUUAAUGCAUUAAGUAUGAAGGAAAAUAUUAAUUCGAAAUCCAAAAAUACAACAAGAAACAUUUUACCUGAAAAGUGGAUUCACAGGACGUCUGAUAAUGUUUUAUUUCCAAUACUUGAUAACAUGGAACUGUCCACGUCAAGACAUGUGGCUUUCACAGACAAUAAGCCUAUACUUCCACCUUCCUCUGAUUUUAGAAAUUCUUUCACCGUUGGUUUAAACAAAAUUAAUUCAUUUUCAAAAGUACAAACUGGAAAAAAGCGAAGAAAUAGAAAAAAUAAGAAGAGGAAAAAUAGGAAAAACAAUAAGAGAAGAAAUCGUCAUCGACAUGCAAAAUCUAGGUUACGAUCAAAACGGUCGCAUAUUGUAGGAGAAGUGUCCAGUGUAUGCACAAGUAUCAGCAAGUGGGUGACCCCAUCAGGGGAGGAAACUCUAGAUCAGUGGGAACAACCUGUUACUAUUUUACCAUACAUCAUUGCUGGUGAAAGACGUAUACAACAAUUUAUUUAUGAAACGUCUUGUCUAGAAGACAAUAUUCCUUGUAAAGGUAUAGAUAAAAGACAUUACAAAUCGGAGUGUAUUACCAAAAAGGUGUAUGCAUACGCUUAUGUACGCAACAGUACGGGAGAAGAGAACUGGAGCUACAUCCAAAUAAAUGGGUACUGUAAUUGUAAACUGCAACGAAAACAUCAUUCUGGGCCACGAAAUAUUUUGGAUUAUUUAAGCUUAUCGUAGAUAUUAAGUGCAUUUUGUUUUUGAUUGUCUAUAUUUUCAAAUUU